AUGACGUCCGAGCCCAAUAAGCUGGUACACGCCGGUCCCGAGGAUGGCUGGCACGGUGUCGUGGCCCCGGCAUCGCGCUUUGCUCCCGAGUCCGGUCGAUAUCAUCUGUACAUCGGCUAUUUCUGCCCCUUUGCGCACCGCGUUAACCUGGUACGCGUACUCAAGGGCCUGGAUUCGGCCAUCGACAUUUCGGUAGUAAAGGCCUAUCCCAAGGGAGAAACCGGCUGGUCCUUUCCCGGAGCCAACGGGCCCGACGACACGUACGAGGGGUCGACGCCGGACAAGCUCUUCGGCUCCAAGUACCUCCGCGAGGUCUACUUCCGGGCCGAUAAGGACUACAAGGGUAAAUACAGCGUCCCCUUGCUUUGGGACACCAAGGAAGGGACGGCGGUGAAUAACGAGAGCAUCGAGAUGCUGCGAUGGUUCCAGACGGGGUUCGACGAGAUCCUGCCGCAGGGAAGCCCGCAGCGGAGCCUGACCCUGUACCCGGAGCACCUUCGGGCGAAGAUCGACGAGGUCGCGGCGUGGGUGACGCGCGACCUCAACCUCGGCGUGUACAGGGCGGGAUUCGCGAGGGACCAAGCCACGUACGAUAAGAACGUGAUACCGGUCUUCGCGGCGCUCAACCAGCUCGAGCAGCUGAUCCGCAAGCACGGCGGACCGUACGUGCUCGGCAAGGAGCUCACCGAGCUCGACGUGCUGGCCUACACGACGGUCAUCCGGUUCGACGUCGUCUACGUGCAGCACUUCAAGCUCAACCUGGGCACCAUCCGCGGCAACUACCCCGUCAUCCUCGAAUGGCUGAAGAACCUGUACUGGAACGUCGCCGGCUUCCGCGAGACGACCAACUUCAAACACAUCAAAGAGAACUACACCAAGAGCCACAGCGACAUCAACCCGCUCGCCAUCACGCCGCUGGGUCCCUACCCGGAUAUCGACAGCGGCGUCGAUCUGAACUUCGACGCUAUCGACCCUGGAGUGGUGGCGCACCCUGCUGUGCUCGAGCACCAGAAGACUCUGCCCGACGUUUGA